AUGCCCCGGUCGGUGGCAACAUCCCCACCUGGAGAAUUCCCAGGUCUUGCCAGUCUUCGCGACGCAGCAGCUCUCCUCCAAAACCCACCCUCACCAAAUUCUGAUCCCAAUCCCAACCGUAAUCCAAGAUUCAUUCCCCACCAUAAUCCACCCUUGACUCCCAAUGAACCAGCCCAAAACACUGGAAACCAUCCCGCUGACUCCCCCGUGAGACCCGGUCCCGCUCGGGCAACAGCUUCUGCAUUUGCGUACUCGUCCCGUCGUGCCUCGGAAGAACCUGCUUCUACGUCGGCGCUUCGAAUCGUCGCUUCGUCGCCCACCACAGGGUGUAUCAUCUCCGCCCCCACUGCAGUCCCUGCUCACUACCCCGCUCUCGGUACUCGCAGAAUGUCAAGUGCCGACCCCAGACCUGCGUCAGGUGGCAGCAGCAACUCGUCCAGCUCGUCAAGUAGUGGCGUCGACGCUGAAGAGAACAUGCCACGUUGGGCGCGUCCGCCAAAGGUGCGCAAUUCGAUUUCCGGCAGAGCUAGGUCGUUCGGCGAUGCGGUCAACAGACCCGACGUCGAUUUCGAUCCUGAACUGCUUGUUGGUCAGGACGGCGAGUGGAUAGAGGUCAUCAAGGGUUCGGAGGGCAGAAUCGCUGUCAGGAGUAGAGCCGCAGAAUAUGAAGUAUUGGUCUGGUUGCCGGCCUUCGCACCUGAGAGUAUCACUGUCUUCACGCGCGGAAAUCGGACCGUGCAUAUCGUUGCUGACAGGUGGGAUGAUGCCGAACACGCUCAGUGGGAUAUCAAACUUGGCGAAGAUGCCAACCUCGCUACAGUCCGUGCCAAUUAUCUGGGCAAUGAGCUCAGAAUUGGAGUCGGCAAAAAUGUUCCUCGUCCCCCCGGAAGCUCGCGCAACCGUGCCUACUUCCGGGAUACAUCUUCCGUUCGCUCUGCUCCAGCUCAAUUAGCCCGUUCCCCUGCCACACCCCCGGCUGAUCUCGCCGCUCAACAGCCCAAACAAGCCAGUCCUCCUCCCGGUGUUCUAGCAUCUAUCGUGGAAGCACAGGCCACCUCGGUCUUCACCGGUGUACCCGUGCCAUCGGCUCGAGGGCAUAUCCGACAAGUUCUACCUAGUCCGGUUGAAUCAAGGCCUGGCCAGCAAGACGUUACCAUGAAUUCCCGUUCGUCGCUCAUGAGUUCCUCCGCCUCCACUUGCACCGAGACAUCGUUGAGAGCAGACGAGAUGGACACUGGCGUGGAAGGCAAAACAAGUGACACAUGGAAAGAUACAUCAUUGAGCAAGGGACAUUGGAGCGGACUUUUAAGACGAUAGUUGGCUUUAUGUGAGAAGAUGAUGGAGCUGUGUAUAAGUAUGAGGUGGAGAAACGAAUCGAGGUCAUUCAGGCGAUGAUAGGUGGAUGGAAGAGGUAGAGGUGGGAGAGGGAGAGGAAGUGAGAAGUAGCAGAAGAAGAGGAAAGAAAGAAUCCGUCCCUUUUAUAGUAUUCUAUAUUGUAGCACCACCCAAUCAUCGCAUGUUGCAUGUGCAUACAGUAAGUUAGGUGACUGAAUGAAUGCAUCGCAUGGAUAUCGUUCGU